AUGUCAUUUAACAAAAAAGGUAGAGAUGAUUUAAUGCAAAUAACAAAUGAUGAAGAUGGAAGAGAAAUUAAUCCUCACAUGCCUCAAUAUAUUAUAAAUGCCCCAUGGUAUUUAAAGGAAAGUACACCAUCAUUGAAGCAUUAAAGAAUAAGAAAAUAAUAGAACACAAGUACAUUUGAUAACUGGUAUCAAAGGGGAUCAAAAGGCCCAAAUAAUUUAAAAUUUAAAAAAGGAGCUUGCACUAAUUGUGGUUCUACAACUCAUUAAAGUAAGGAUUGUUGCGAGAGACCUAGACAAAUAGGAGCUAAAUUUUCAAAUACAGAUAUACAACCAGAUGAUCUUGUAUCAAAUGUCUAGGGUCUUAAUUAUGAUGCGAAAAGGGAUAGAUGGAAUGGUUAUGAUCCAGAGACUUAUAAGUCAUAAAUCCAAGAAUAUGAGAUCCUAGAAGAGAAGCGAAAAGAAACUAGACUACAAGAAGGAUAAUAAACUGAAUCUGGAAAUUUAGAUGAUGAAUUUAAAGAUAAUGGAACUGGUGAACACUAAACUCAGAUGACCACCAGAGAUCCAAGAACUAAAACUAUGACUAGAAAUUUACGUAUCAGAGAAGAUAAAGCCAAUUAUUUGUUGAAUUUGGACGUUAAUUCAGCAUAUUUUGAUCCUAAGUCCAGAUCUUUAAGAGAAAACCCAAAUCCUCAUUUGCCUCCAGAAAAAUAAGUGUUUAAAGGUCUAAAUUAAAUAAGAUUGACUGGAGAAACUCUAUAAAUGUAUGAAUAAGAAAGAUUUGCAUGGUAGUAUGCAGAACAACACAAUCUAAAUCUGAACACUGUAUCUCUACCAACAUUAACCGAAAAGACUUAUAAAUAAAUCAAGGCAAAGAAGGAGGAAUAAAAAAUAGGAAGAGCGGAGAGUUUGUUUGAUAGAUAUGGUGGAGAAGAACACUUAAAUCCACAAAUGGAUCUCCUAUUGGGAUAAACAGAAAGAUUUGUUGAGUAUGAAGAGGAUGGCUUACCUAAAAAUCCUUUAAAGAAGAAGGACUUAACUAAAAGCAAAUAUUUAGAAGAUUUCUUUUAUGGAGAUCAUACAAGUGUUUGGGGUAGUUGGUGGAGUGAUGUCCUUGGAUGGGGAUAUGAUUGUUGUUAUUCAAAUGAAAAACAUUCAGUCUGUCUUGGAGAAAAGGGGAGAAGAUUAUAAUUGAAUAAAGAAGCUCGAUUAAAAAGAGAAAUAGAAGAAGAAAUAUAAAAGGCACAAACUUAAGAUUAAAAAUCUAGUCCUCAACAUUAACAUUAGCAACCUCAACAACAAAUAAUCCAAUAAGUUUAAUAACAAUGA